CAGUGGAAUCGAAAAAUCUCAAGACUCAUUGCUGGAUAUGAAGCAAAAGAUGUGUACAAUGAUGAUGAAAUGGGCCUUUUUUUUUAAAGGUAUUCCUACCGAAUCACUAGUCCUGAAGAGUGAGUCAUGUUCUGGAGGAAAAAAAGCAAAGGAUCACAUAACAGUGCUUAUAUGUGGUAAUAUGGCUGGAGAAAUAAGGAAACCAUUGGAAGGUCUAAAAAACAACAGUGUUUUAAGAGCAUAG